AUGGGCGAACCAGUCCUUAGAGACCACCUUCCCACCGAUCUAAAAGCCCGCAUGAAAGCGUCUUACGAUGCAAUCGCCGACACGUACAACACCGAGUUCUACAAAGUCAACGAUCCGCUCCGUAUCGACUACCUCGGCCGUCUAGUCACCCUGUUACGUUCUUCCUCCUCUCCAUCGCCAGUAGCCAACGUACUCGAACUCGGAUGCGGCGCCGGAGUACCCGCAACCAAAUUUCUCCUGGAGAGCUCGGACCCAAAGUUUAGGAUUACCGGAAAUGAUAUUUCGACAUCCCAACUCGAUCUCGCAAGGACUAAUCUGGCAGGUUAUGUACAAGACGGUAGACUGACGUUACAAGAGGGCGAUAUGUUGUCCCUUUCUUUCCCGCCUUCUUCCUUCGACGCUAUCACGGGGUUUUACAGCAUCAUUCACUUACCCCGUGAGGAACAAAGCACACUCAUGGGCAAAAUCGUGGAGUGGCUUAAACCUGGAGGUUAUUUCUUGGCCAACUUCAGCGUGAGAGACAUGCCGGGUUUGGAGGCGGAGAAGUGGUUGGGUCAUGAGGAGGGGUGGAUGUUUUGGAGUGGAUGGGGGGAGGAAGGAAGUGUGCGGAUGGUAGAGGGGAGUGGAUUGGAGGUUUUGGUUAGGGAGGCUAGGCAGGCGGUUGAUGAUACUACGUUUGUUUGGGUGUUGGCGAGGAAGGAGGGACGAGGGAAUUAA